UAGUUGUUUUUACAGGUAUUUUGGAUGAUUCGACAUCGAUAAUAGUUAUAUUCAACGAGGGAAUCCCAAAACUAUACAAGACGCAAUCUGCAUGACGAAUAAGGAAAAAUGUAAGGGAAGGGGCAAAGAAAGUGGAAGAAACAGUAGUGAAUCAUUGAAAGCGCGACGCAUGCAUGUGUUAAUCUUUUCUUCUAGCACCGUACGCGACCUCGUACUUAAUAAAUAUCGCGUGUACAACAUUAAGAAUUGAUAAUCGCGAACAUGCUCUCCCGCAGAGUCGAUCGUGCGAUAGUUCAACUGAUUUUGGUACUAGCAUGCAUACUUGUGAAACCAGUGUUUCCCUACGAGUUACCGGAUCCGAUUUUCGAGGUGUUAAAGCCGCAAGGUCUUCGAGUCUCUAUACCCGAUACACCGGAUUUAAAAAUAUUUGGAUUCCACGCCAACAUCAACAAAGCAAUUCGCACUAAUGAAUAUGGUCAAAUCGCUGGUGAUACCUAUUUAGCAAUAGAUGGCCGCUGGACUUUUGAGGAUUCGGACGUGACUAUAAAAAAUGGAGAUGUACUUCAUUACUGGAUUUAUGUGCAAGCGAAUGGGAUUAAUCACAGAAAGAAUAACCAAAGAUGGACAUAUUCCCAAAAUGAAGUUGAUAGUCAAGAAACUACACAGACGAGUUCUUCAAAAUACGAAAUUCCAACCGAGGGCCGAUUACUACUUAAAGACUAUUUCAAUUCUUUCAACGCGUCAUUAUGGAAACGCGAGAUAAAGAUGCCAUUAGAUCCGGAUUAUGAAUUUUGCGUAUAUCACAAUCAAAAUCAUGAGCAACUUGUACAAGUUCAUAAUGGUCAAUUAUUCAUAAGGCCAAUUAUACUGGAAGACUAUUAUGGCGAGAAUGCGACCGCAUACGGAAGAUUGCAACUUAACGAAUGUACGAGCAUGGUUGCUUUCGAAUGUACGCGACAGGCGUUAUCCUACAGCAUUCUGCCACCCGUUAUAUCUGCACGUUUUACCACGAAAGAACGUUUCGUUUUACGAUACGGAAAGAUCGAAAUACGCGCGAAGUUUCCUGAGGGCGAUUGGCUGUAUCCAGAAAUGUGGCUUGAGCCACGUUAUUCUACUUAUGGUAUGAACUACGCCAGCGGCCGUGUUCUUCUGGGUUUAACACGCGGCAAUGAGAAUUUGGUGAAUGUCACGGACGUUUCGAAAAUCUAUGAUACUAGACGAUUGGAUUUUGGCGUGAGAGUAAGCCCAUCUCAUAAUGAGAUCCAAGAAAUACUCGUCACAAAAGUAAACGAAUUCGGACCACGGUGGACGAAGAAUUUCCAUGUGUACACGACGAUCUGGACCAGUGAUGGUUUCACGUUUUUGGUCGACGGUGAAGAGGUUGGCCGAAUAAGCCCUAAUGAAGAUGGAUGGAUGAGUGGUCCUCACGCAGACAGAAAAGCUGCCCCGUUCGAUCAAGAGAUAAUGACUUUGAAAAAAGUGACUGUUAUUUUAAUCAUCUUCGUUUGGGCCACUGAUUCUCUGGCGGUUUAUUAUCCUCGUUCAAGGCGAUCAAGUAAUGAAUAUAUAUUGCACAGAUGUACAGCUACUGCGGAAUUAAUUAGAAAGCAUAGGAAUGAGGAUGUUGGAGCCAGUUUACGCAGAGCCGAAGGAAACCUGGCACAAUCGCAAACGCAACAAAAAGGUUCUCUGAUUGACGCUAUUCAAUCCGAAACUUCCAAGCAAAUUUCGAACGGUGUUUUUCGACGUAUGACUCAUAUGAGAAGACGCGGUAGUGGGCACGCACGUCGAAACGCAGGCAAACAUUUAGCAGAUACACCCCUUAAAACCGUAAACAUCGACGUAUCACGAGACAGACCAUCAGCCUUCAAAAAGAAGAACCCAUUACCGGAACUCUCGCGCAAUAUAUCGGGCAGAAACAUCGAUUCGUCGCCACAUGUAAUAAUUAUCAAAUCUCUCACUUAAUAUUUUUCCAAUGACAUUCAAUUUAUACUGCCGCAGAUUUUAAUUUUAUUGCAAAUUAGUAUAACUACGUAAUACAUAAUUACUUGUAAUAAUACUAAAGAAAAGCAUAUCAUUUUUUU